CUGAUUGGCUAAGCGCGCGUAUACGUAGCAAUGGUCCGGAAGAUGUCGCUCGAAAAAACUUCCGCCUUAAGUUGUAAAGAAAACAGCUGCUAAAAAAAAAGGCUUUUUCGGACGACGUACGCGCCCGUCUUUCAGGAGUCCCAACACAGGUUGCACUCCCUGAGGACUUUUUUUUUUUUUUUUUAAUAAAGAGCGUGCAUGUGUACGAGCGUGUGCGUAUGUGAGUGAGUUUGCGUGUGUGUAUGUGUGCGUGUGUGCGUGCGUGCGGGUGUGUGCGCGCGCGCGUGUGUGUGUUACCCCCCCCAACUGCCAUUUGACUGUGAGCCACUCCUCCCUGGAGGAUGACAAUGGAGGAGAUGAAGAAUGAAGCGGAGACAAACUCCAUGGUAUCCAUGACGCUCUACACAGUGAUGUACCCGGUCUUUAAUGAGCUGGAGACGAUCAACCUAUCGGCAGCUCAGACGCUCAGAGCAGCCUUCAUCAAGGCAGAGCGGGAGAACGCCGGCCUGACUCAGGACAUCAUUGUGAAGAUCUUGGAGAAGAAGAACAUCCAAAUCAACUUCACAGAAUCGCUGCUGCGAAUGGCCGCCGACGAUGUGGAAGAAUUCAUGAUCGAACGGCCAGAACAGGAGUUCCAGGACCUGAACGACAAAGCCCGAGCGCUGAAACACAUCCUCAGCAAAAUCCCAGACGAGAUCAACGACAGAGUACGCUUUCUACAGACGAUCAAAGACAUAGCCAGCGCCAUUAAAGAGCUCCUGGACACGGUCAACAACGUCAUCAAGAAAUAUCAGUACCAGAAUCGCAGAGCCCUGGAGCAUCAGAAGAAGGAGUUUGUGAAAUACUCGAAAAGCUUCAGCGACACCCUAAAAACAUACUUCAAAGAUGGAAAGGCGAUAAACGUCUUCAAGAGCGCCAAUCUGCUCAUCCACCAAACCAACCUCAUACUGCAGACCUUCAAGACCGGGGCCUAGCACGCUGAGGAGGACCAUGCAGUCCGGGGGAAACCUGCCGCCCCGACCGACCCUGCGGUGGUGGAAAUGCGGGGAGGUUGGGCCUGCGGUCGGAGCGCCUGACCCUUAUUUGUAAAUUAGGAAGUGUUGAUUUUAGGGUUUGGGGUCAACAGCGGGGAGAGACUGAAAAGUGCCAUUUGUGUAGUCAAUGAGGAUUUUCCAGUCUCCAGCUGAAAGAGGCCCAAAAGUCAGCGCGUUUGAUUUUAUUUGGACACUUUUAAUUUAUAACCCUGAUUUUCUUUUUCUUGUUUUUUCGGGGAGGUGUUUAUUAAAGACUAAUUGCCAUUUUUCUAAUAUAUUCAUGUUGAUCAUUUUAUCGUAAAAACAAAACACAGCUACACUGCAACAGUCAUAGCUAUGCGUAAGAAACACCAUCCAUUUUGUGUCCCCGUCGCUCGGGAUGAUCGACGGGCCUGGGAGCAGGCCAUUUUAAGACCCCGAAUUUCAUUCCUCUUUGCUUAUCUUGACGACCGCGCCGCCAAAUAACUUCCGAGCACAGUGUUGUGCACCUUACUACUUCUUAUUAAGUCAUACAACAUUCCCUCCUCAAGAGUGUUAGCACGCCAAGACGCUUCUCGCUGUCAGGGGUUGCAAAGACGACGAGAAAGAUAUUCUGUAUUUAACUGAUCCUGGUUGCAAAUGUUCAAUAAAUAGUUUCCAAAUGA